AUGGAGCCCAGCUUAUUCAAAUAUUGCUGCAUCAGUCUAGGGUUCCUCCUCUCGGCCGCUGCGCUACCACUAGCGCAUGCAGAGUCCAAUGCAUGGCCGUAUAUUCUCACAUUCAAAAUAGUCAAGACGUUUCCGCAUGACACGUCAGCCUUCACGGAGGGUCUGGUGUACGUGAGUCAUAAUGCGAGCGGAGGAAGAAGCAGCGGGGAAGGAAUCUUCUACGAAUCUACUGGGAUGCGUGGACAGUCCAGUGUGAGAGAAGUGGACGUCGCCACAGGGAAGUUAGCGUGGCAGGUGAAAACGGGAACGAUAUACAACCGCAAAAGUUUGCAAAAGAUAGGCAGCUUCCGCCACCAGAUGACGGACGGUUGGGGCCUGUCAACGUACAAUAAGUCGCUGCUGGUGGGCUCCGAUGGCACCUCCUACAUCUACUUCAUCAGCGCAACCACCUUCAAGACGCUGCACAAGGUGAAGGUGACUGAUGGUGGCACACCUAUAGCGUGGAUCAAUGAGCUUGAAGUGCGGGGCGGGCGUAUCUAUGCCAACGUGUGGCAGACGGAUUGCAUCGCGGUGAUCGACCCGCUGUCAGGGCGAGUGGCGGCCUGGAUGGACCUGCAGCGCCUGCGGGCCAGUGGCGGCCUGGAUGGACCUGCAGCGCCUGCGGUGAGUGCUGUGCUGGUUGGUGUGUGCAGGCCAGUGGCGGCCUGGAUGGACCUGCAGCGCCUGCGGGCCAGUGGCGGCCUGGAUGGACCUGCAGCGCCUGCGGUUAGUGCUGUGCUGGUUGGGCCAGUGGCGGCCUGGAUGGACCUGCAGCGCCUGUGGGCGCUAGCAGCAGCCCAAGUGAAGCCCAACCAGGAGUUUGAUGUGCUGAACGGCAUUGCAUGGGAUGCACAACAGAGGCGCCUCUUUGUCACGGGGAAAUACUGGCCUCGGGUGUUCCAGAUCGCUCCCAAGACCCUCACAAGAUCAACUGCUGAUGAUGUGGCAGCCAUUCGGCUGAGAGCAACCCAGAGCAGGGCUUUCCUGGCUCUCCCUCCCGCUCUCCCUCCCGCUCUCCCUCCCGCUCUCCCUCCCGCUCUCCCUCUCGCUCUCCCUCCCGCUCUCCCUCCCGCUCUCCCUCCCGCUCUCCCUCCCGCUCUCCCUCCCGCUCUCCCUCCCACUCUCCCUCCCGCUCUCCCUCCCGCUCUCCCUCCCGCUCUCCCUCCCGCUCUCCCUCCCGCUCUCCCUCCCGCUCUUUCUUCUAAUUGCCACGUGGUGGUGCUCAAGAGCUUCGCCAUGAAGCCGAUGCCAGGUGUCAGGCUCACAUUGGUCACUCGGGACGUGCACACGCCUUACAGCGGCAUGCUGCCAGGCCUCGUGGCCGGCCACUACACGUACGACGACUGUCACAUCGACCUGCGCCCCUUGGCCCAACUCACCAACGCUCGCCUGCUGCACUGCUGCGCCUCUGGCAUUGACCUGGAUCAACGUGCUGUGGUGCUGGCGGAUGGGCGCCCCCCCAUUCGCUACGACGUACUGUCCAUUGAUAUCGGGAUCACUCCACUGAGAGCUGUGGUGCUGGCGGAUGGGCGUCCUCCUAUUCGCUACGACGUGCUUUCCAUUGACAUCACUGGUAUCCUGUCACCUCACGUACGCACUACCAACAUCCGCUGCUGCACUGCUGCGCCUCGGGCCUGGACUUGGAUCAGCGAGCUGUGGUGCUGGCGGAUGGGAAUCGCUUUUGAGAAUUAUCAAAAGCGAUUUCCAUGUACUUGGAUCAGCGUGCGUGCUGUGGUGCUGGCUGGUGGAUGGGCGCAUGCUUGCCCAUUUGUUACGGCGACCCGUGUCUUGAUACUCCGCCCCACUCCCAUCCCCUCCUUCCAUCCGUCUGAGCAGCAAUCAGUGCCAGGAGCAAAGGAGCUCACCCUCCCAGUGAAGCCCAUCGACUCCUUCACCCACCGCUGGGAGGCUCUGCGGUCACGCAUCCUCUCCCUCGCCCCUGGCUCUAGUGUCCGUGUGGUGGUGGUGGGAGGGGGCGCAGGAGGGGUGGAGCUGCUUCUGGCCAUGCAGCACCGACUGCAGCAGGACUGCCUGGUUCUCGAUGCUGCAGUGGUGGCAGUGAGACAACGAGGAGUGGAGAGCGGUGGAGAGGGAGGGGAUAGAGAGGGAGCGGUGGAUGGGGCGGAAGGGGAGGUCGGCAGGGGAAGCAGCAGCGGGGCGGGUGGAGGGGAAAAGAGAGAGUCGGCGGUGCAAGGAGGGGUGCUGGUCUUGGAAGGGGGAGAGGAGGUGGAGUUUGACGAGUGUGUGUGGUGCACACAGGUGGGUGUGCUAGUGUGUGGAGUGAGCAAGAGGGGAGGAGCAGCCUCCUGGCUUGGCCAAACGGGUCUAGCCCUGGACAAAAACGGCUUCAUCCGAGUGGGGGACACGCUAGAGUCGAUCAGCCAUAGAAGGGUGUUUGCAGUGGGGGAUAUCCACUCAUCCGACGUUUACCCACGGCCGAAGGCGGGCGUGUUUGCAGUGCGGCAGGGCAUGCCCUUGGCGGAAAACUUGAGGAGAGCGCUUCUGGAUCAGCCUUUGAAACCCUUCCAACCGCAGAAAACGUUUCUGAGCCUCAUCAGUCAAACUCUCUGUCUCACAACCUUGCCAUUCGCUCACAUCCCCUCGCUCACAUCCCCUCGCUCACAUCCCCUCGCUCACAUCCCCUCGCUCACAUCCCCUCGCUCACAUCCCCUCGCUCACAUCCCCUCGCUCACAUCCCCUCGCUCACAUCCCCUCGCUCACAUCCCCUCGCUCACAUCCCCUCGCUCACAUCCCCUCGCUCACAUCCCCUCGCUCACAUCCCCUCGCUCACAUCCCCUCGCUCACAUCCCCUCGCUCACAUCCCCUCGCUCACAUCCCCUCGCUCACAUCCCCUCGCUCACAUCCCCUCGCUCACAUCCCCUCGCUCACAUCCCCUCGCUCACAUCCCCUCGCUCACAUCCCCUCGCUCACAUCCCCUCGCUCACAUCCCCUCGCUCACAUCCCCUCGCUCACAUCCCCUCGCUCACAUCCCCUCGCUCACAUCCCCUCGCUCACAUCCCCUCGCUCACAUCCCCUCGCUCACAUCCCCUCGCUCACAUCCCCUCGCUCACAUCCCCUCGCUCACAUCCCCUCGCUCACAUCCCCUCGCUCACAUCCCCUCGCUCACAUCCCCUCGCUCACAUCCCCUCGCUCACAUCCCCUCGCUCACAUCCCCUCGCUCACAUCCCCUCGCUCACAUCCCCUCGCUCACAUCCCCUCGCUCACAUCCCCUCGCUCACAUCCCCUCGCUCACAUCCCCUCGCUCACAUCCCCUCGCUCACAUCCCCUCGCUCACAUCCCCUCGCUCACAUCCCCUCGCUCACAUCCCCUCGCUCACAUCCCCUCGCUCACAGCACCGGUGAUAAAUACGCGGUCUUCUCUCGGGGCUCGUUGGCCUUUGAAGACAGUAUUAUGUGGACGCUCAAGGACCGCAUAGACCGGGCGUUCAUGCAGCAGUUCAACCAACUACCUGCCAUGCCGUCACCUCCUCUCCCCACCAUCCCCGUCGCACACACGGCCGGGCCUGAAGCGCUCCUGGCACUCAAAAGCAUGCCCAUGCGCUGUGGGGGGUGUGGUUCCAAGGUGAGGUGUUACAUGCGCUUUGGUUCCACGCCUUCUUUUGAGGUCGUUUUUGAGGCGGUUUUUGAGGCGCCUCAAAAACUCCCAUGUAAGGUUGGCUCUUCCCUUCUCUCCCGCGUCCUCACUCGUCUCGCAGCUCUCCCCAGCCGCCCGCCUGGCCACCCGGAAAUCCUCCUGGGGCUUGACUCACCUGAUGAUGCCGCUGUGCUGGCGAUUCCACCUGAGGGAAAGGGCGGCUGUCAGCUGUGUGCCUUUUCCCCUCCACACUCCACUCUCCACCACCCCAAUCAGAACCCAGUAGUGGUGCAAUCAGUUGACUUCCUCUCCGACCCGCUCCUUCCUCUCCGACCCGCUCCUUCCUCUCCGACCCGCUCCUUCCUCUCCGACCCGCUCCUUCCUCUCCGACCCGCUCCUUCCUCUCCGACCCGCUCCUUCCUCUCCGACCCGCUCCUUCCUCUCCGACCCGCUCCUUCCUCUCCGACCCGCUCCUUCCUCUCCGACCCGCUCCUUCCUCUCCGACCCGCUCCUUCCUCUCCGACCCGCUCCUUCCUCUCCGACCCGCACACCUUUGAGCCCAGUGUUGGUGCAAACGGUCGACUUCUUCCACUCCUUCCUCUCCGAUCCGCACACCUGUGCCCACAUACCUGCCACUGCCGCCCUCCCUGCCACAACAAGCCAUAUGCUUUCCCUCUGUCUCCCUUCUCCCCCUGUCUGAGCAACCAGAACCCAGUGGUGGUGCAAACGGUCGACUUCUUCCGCUCCUUCCUCUCCGAUCCGCACACCUUUGUGUUGGUGCAAACGGUCGACUUCUUCCGCUCCUUCCUCUCCGACCCGCACACCUUCGGCCGCAUUGCCGCCCUACAUGCUCUCAGUGACUGCUUCGCCAUGGGUGCUGACCCCGUCUCAGCGCUUGCUAUAGUCACACUGCCCUAUGGUACCGAGGAGAAGAUGGAGGAGGAGCUUUUCCAGGUCAUGGCAGGGGCCAUCCGCGAAUUGGAUGCUGCCACGUGUCAGCUGGUGGGAGGGCACACUGUGGAGGGUGCUGAGCUGUCGCUGGGGUUUGCUGUCACGGGAUUGGCUGACAGAGACCGGCUGCUGAGGAAGGCGGGCAUGCAUGAGGGAGAUGCCAUCAUUCUCACCAAGCCCAUCGGCACGGGAGUCAUCUUUGCAGCCAACAUGCGAUGCAAGGCCAAGGGACGGUGGGUGGAUGGGGCGAUCGAUAGCAUGCUGGUGUCUAAUCAGGACGGUGCACGGCAGUGUGUGGAGGAUGGCAUUUUCAGCUCGCUGCAGGAUUCGAACCUGCGCCUGAGACGAGCAAUCACCAACUACGAGGAGGCAUCCGCCCAUCUGCUCACUCUGCUCCUCUUCGACCCGCAAACAGCCGGAGGGCUGCUCUUUUCUUUCCAUCCCUAA